AGCUCACGAUUCAGGUCCGCUCGGGCGGCAUAUAUGGCGGCGGUGUGGCCUGCUGGCCCAGAGCUACAGAAGAGUCAGCAUUUGCCCGCAAAGUACCAUAGCAUCAUUAUUCGUAUUUUGUGGGGCCUAGGAAAACGAAACCGCGAGACGCGUCGGAACUCACCCAAUGACUGCGGCAACAGUUAGCAGAGCUUCGAGCAUGUAGAUAUUGGCAGCACUUACUGACUACUUUUGAAUGCAUCCUCCGCGAGUCUAUUCUAGGCGACGAGGGCUGCCUCGAAGCGGAUGAAAGCCCCGCGGCAGGCGGAAUGCGUUGGGUCGGAGACGCCGCUGCGGCGAUUGGGACGGAGAGGAGGGAAAUGAACCGUGAGGAGGACGCCCGGCGGAGCGUUGAGGCAAACACUUUGACGGCGGGUGCGAUAUUCGCGUGCUGCUGUUCUUUGCGGGCGGGCGGGUGUGGGGAGCUUGGAUGCGCGAUGUGGGACGUCUUUGGUAGCUCGUGGGCGGCGCGGAGGUUUAAGAGGGCAGCUGAGGCGAUGCAGAAGGCACUGGAAGGUAUGUCUCAGCGGAGGGUUUUGCUAUCCUCGGCGAUGGUGAGGUCGAGAUUCGGGGUUCAGGUUGCUUGGAUGACAGGUCGCCUGGGAGCCGAAAAAUGGAGGGGCGCAACGAUUGGGCUCAAUACCGACGUGAUUAAUAUAUCGCGGUUGCCCGGCGGAGCGGUUCUAGAGACAGCCCAAAGAGGUCAAUUGCGCGGCGUGGAGCUCUGUGGUACUGGCAGGAGGCGCAUCUGUGGGAGAAGAAAAACCUUGGUCGUGGUGCUAGAGCCGCGUUCCGGAGCCAGACGCCAUCGGCAUCUCGCAACGCGAUUUGCGAGCAGGCCAAGCUCGAUUUCUAAGAACCGCCCGCCGAGACUCGCGCGCCCAGCACGGGCAGUGGGCAUGCCAUUCCGACCUCGCCGCAGAACAUCACUCGCUGUCUGGUUAUCUGAGUGUCGGAGCGUGGUGUUUGAGGAGCUUAUCUUCUGUGGUGCCGGGUACUGCGCGUUCCAAAGACCUGGCGCAGUCAUACUGCUUAACUUGGGGCAGCAGAGAGGCUGAUCAGACGUCGCCUUUGACAUGCGUCAUGUCCCUGCACGGCGUUCUCGAUACGAGAAGCCUGUGAUACCUAAUCCUCAGCGCCUGGCCGCUUGCGCAGCUUCUCCAUGCCGUACAAAAUGUCUCGUGUUGCUUUCUCAUCAACCGUGUCCCCACCGCCGGCUCUUCCGUCAGACCCUGCCUCGGGCUCCCCCGCCGCUCGCCGAUUAAACCAUUCUAGAGCUUCCACGAUGCUACCGUCCUCUGCCCACUGGCCAUCCUGCUGGUACGCGAAGCACUGCAGUCGAGACAUCGCCUACAGCAGCCCUGUCAGAUAAGGUG